AUGAUUCUAGCAGAGAAGAUAUUCAUUCUGGUAAAGUGGAUUAUAGUAUCGUUCUGUUGCCAAGAAGACAAGAAGGCAAGAAAACAAGAAGAUAAGAAGGCAAGAAGACCAGAAGGCAAGAAGACAAGAAGGCAAAAAUGCAAGAAGACAAAAAGGCAAGAAGGCAAGAAGACAAAAAGGCAAGACGGCAAGACGGCAAGAAGACAAGAAAACAAGAAGGCAAGAAGACAAGAAGGCAAAAAGGCAAGAAGACAAGAAGGCAAGAAGGCAAAAAGGCAAGAAGACAAAAAGGCAAGAAGACAAGAAAGUAAAGAGGCAAGAAGGCAAAAAGGCAAGAAGACAAAAAGGCAAGAAGGCAAGAAGACAAAAAGGCAAGAAGACAAGAAGGAAGGAAGACAAAAGGCGAGAAGACAAGAAAGCAAAAAGGCAAGAAGGCAAGAAGACGAGAAGACAAGAAGGCAAGAAGACAAGAAGUCAAGAAGGCAGUAG